CCGAGAGCGGACAGCGACGGGAGCGCAGGAAAAGGCCCGUGGCAGAUCAACCUCCGUGGGAGAGAUGGGACCUCCAAAGCGUAAGCCGUGGGUCGCCCCACUUUGGCUCGCCGGCUGGUGCUUGCUUGCAGUAGUUUGUACUUCUGCUCAGGAUGAGAUGUCGCAACUGAACACGAAGAAGCCGGUGGCCCUGGGUUCCCCGCAAUGUUCUGGCAACAAGCUAUCGGGGGCCCUUUGCCCCUCCAGAAACAAAUCGGUGGCCUCAUUUACAAAGGCAGCCACGGCUGCACCCACCCACCCUCCCACAUCCACGCAUCACCACAUUACUAAUCGUAUUGCAACCCACCACACCUUUCAGGCCACGGCCCUUCCCAAAAGGCAUACCACGGCCCACCACAAAAAACCUACCACACCACACCACCAGCCCACUACCACCCAGCAUACCACGGCCCUUCCCAAAAGGCAUACCACAGCCCACCACGAAAAACCUACCACGGCCCUUCCCAAAAGGCAUACCACAGCCCACCACGAAAAACCUACCACAGCCCUUCCCAAAAAGCAUACCACAGCCCACCACGAAAAACCUACUACAGCCCUUCCCAAAAGGCAUACCACGGCCCACCACGAAAAACCUACCACAGCCCUUCCCAAAAGGCAUACCACAGCCCACCACGAAAAACCUACCACGGCCCUUCCCAAAAAGCAUACCACGACCCAUCACAAAAAGCAUACCACACCACUCCACCAGCCCACUACCACCCAGCAUACCACGGCCCUUCCCAAAAAGCAUACCACGGCCCAUCACAAAAAGCAUACUACAACCCACCAUGGAAAACACACCACAGCCCACCCCACCACAGCUCAUCACAAAAAGCAUACCACAACCCACCACCGCCCCACCACUUCCGCCCACCCCACCACAGCUCACCACAAAAAACACACCACGGCCCACCCCACCACGACCACUUCCACCCACCCCACCACCCACAAAACACAUACCACGUCCCACCACCGUCCCACCACCAGCAUCCACCACACCACGUCCCACCACAAAAAUCAUACCACAUCCCACCCCACCACGGCUCACCAUUUCACCAAUCACACCACCGCACCUGCCACCCUCACCACGAGCCACCAUCACACCGUGGUCCCGCCGCCCACGCAGACACCCGGUGUGCCCGUGGGAGACUACGUGGUCAAGAACGGAUCGGCCGUGUGUUUGCGAGCACAGGCCGGCCUGCAGCUUCAAGUGCGCUACACGAGCAGAGCCAAGCAACAGCUCUGGGGAGUGUUUGCAGUGCCGCCCAACAGCACCAUCACGUCCGGGACCUGCUCCACCAAGACAGCGAGCCUCAACCUGCGCUUCCCGGGGGGCUUCCUCUUCUUCACGUUCCAAAAGAACGAAACCCAGAAUACGUUCUACCUGAGUCGUGUGCAGGCCAACCUGACGGACCAGUUCCUACAGGCGACGGAGACUUCCUUUGCUGCCGACAACGCCUCUCUCCACGAAUUCGAGGCCCACCUGGGACACUCUUACCAAUGCAAGAACCGCAGCUUGGUCCUCGCCGAAGGCUUUCACCUCAACGCCCUGAACGAACGCAUCCAGGCCUUCGGGCUGCAAGGUGGAGCGUUUGGAGACGCGGAGGUCUGUCCGGAGCAGAGACGUUCAAAUGUUCUGCCCAUCGUUGUGGGUGUGGUCCUUGUCGUUCUCAUCAUCAUUGUCGUCGUGGCUUUCGCAGUGGGACGAUGGCGUAGUCACCAGGGGUACCAAACCCUCUAAGGAGCCUUCACCUGCACACACCAUUAACGGAGCUACAGCUGGGCCAAAGAAGAACUGAGAACUGGAUUUAGUGGCAUUGCUACCCCCUGCAACAACUAUCUCGGACAGCGGUAUUUGCCUCUUUGCUGCUCCUCCUACCCGUUGUUAAACUCACACCUAUUUUAUAUUUGUUGCUUUGUCGACUAUCAAUCAAUAUAGAAUUUCUCUUACAUUUUUUAAAUAUGGAAUUAUCUGUGCUUGUGGCAGGAGACUGAAGCCACGGUGCAUUCAGGGAUGACGGGGAGGGGGGAAUGGCUCUUGGACAAAAACAUUACAUUUGGAAACGCAGCUCUUAGCAUGGGGUAUCAGGGUAUCAGUUUUGGGAGAGUUUUCUUCUCAGGAAGGGGCAAUUGUAGCAGAAUGCACCAGACCUGUCCUAUGCAGGUUCAGUGGGACCUACUCCCAGUUGUUAGGUAGCAAUCCUAAGCACGCUUACCUAGAUGCAAGAUCAGUUUCAAUGAAGAGGGGCUUCUUUCUGAGUAAAUCAGCUGUUUGGAGGAAUAUUUUAUUCUGACUGUGGAAAGUACUGGGUCUGAGGCUGCCUCCCCAAUGCCAGCAAAUGAUAUAUACCAUUCAUAUUUCAAAAUGCUGACUUUCCUUUGGGUCCCUCUGAUUUAUUUUUUGAGCCCUUUCACCUGUUCUGUGAAUCUUUCAAGGAAUAUGAGACACACACACUCGGCAACCAUCUGUCAGGGAUGCUUUAGGGUGGAUUCCUGCAGGGGGUUGGACUCGAUGGCCUUGUAGGCCCCUUCCAACUCUGCUAUUCUAUGAUUCUAUGACUUCACACAAGACUUGCUGUACUCCUCUCAAAGCCCUUGGGGCACUUAA